GUCUUUCAUUGCAUUUCAUAGCAUUUCAAAAUAUCUUGGAUCGUUACUGCGAAGUAGCCAAGCAUUCGAUGCUGACCGGUGACAGUGAAUAGCAUUUGGUUCAGAGCUUGUGCAGUUUUCCGAUCGCCGGUGGCAUAGACAUUCCAUCUUUGACGACAUCCAAGUCAGCCGAUAGAUAUACAGCUUCAUUUUUUCUUCUCCCUUGCUUCUACCUUCUUUUGCUGUAUAAUCUUUGCACUUCGUGAACAUAUCAACUACUGGACAUUGUAAUACUCUUGGCAUCGGACCGACGUUAAGGUAUCGAUUGAAUCUAGAACAAUUGCCUUGGCACCGAGGUGGCCACUCGUUGCCGUUCCAGUCGAGUUUAGAGCGAGAGCUAGGUACUCUUAUCUUCUUGACUCGCAAUCCAUUCACUUUGCUCAACCCGAAUAUCCAUUUUCCUCAGUUGGACCUCGGAUAGCCAUUUUCCUGAUAGAACGGAUAGAGACCCAUAGACGCGAAGUUUGACAUCCGCUUUGACCAGUGAACGACCGUUUGCUUAUAUCACUUCCACCCCGAGAUAGCGCGCGAGGUCUAGUUAAACGGUACCUGUGCCGACCUGGUAUACCUCAUCUUGACUAUUCCCGACGAGCUGAACACACGGACAUAGUAUGGAGGUUCUAUCACGCCAGGCACGGACGCCUAGUCCAGGACCGUCAGCUUACAAUCAAUCAUCACCGCUCGACACGCUCGUCCGACGUGCAUCAUCCCGCAGAGUGCGAAAUAAAGAUGCUCUUGCACCCGUAGCUACUACACCUUCACGUCUUCCAGUCAGUAACCCUUCGACUCCCCCACGAAACGUUGGCGAAAACCAAGAAUGGCCUCCUCCAGCCUCGCCUCUUUUGCAUACUCAAUUUCGAAACUCUACCGCUACAACAGCGACUGCUACCUCGUAUCUGCCAGAUACAGGGUCGACAUAUGACACGUCCAUGUCAAGUGAUGGAUGGGGUGAUAGUCCAAGACGACCGACAUCGAAUGUCGAUUCGAAGCGGGGGCAGAUAUUGAGUGUGGCAAGUGAGUACGACCUGGAUGAUAUCACUGCAAGUUACAGGGAUUCCUACGCAUCAAGUGGUACGAGUACACCUCACCCUGGUGGUCGAUUCGAUCCUUCACCAUCACCGCUGGCUGUACCAACUGUUGUCGUAUCUUCUGCCGACCCUGACCCAUUUCAAUCCCAACCAAUUCCACCUGGUUCAGCCGGCCGAGCACCUUCGCGUCUUCCUGCAUCCCACAAAGCUGCAAACUUCUCAAGACCAGUACCUCCAGUGAUCGACGGAACGGAGGAUCGAAAACGACAGGUGUUGGCAAGAAACGGAAGUCGGACAGCGCCACCGUUGAUGUACGAGGGAAGAGCAGAAGAAGUCAGCUCACUAUCUGGUUUCAGUCAAUCAUCAAGAAGCAGGCCUACGUCGCCCAAUCUGUCUGCCCAAUCAUCCCCUCAACAGGCACAGGCACGCUCUCCUCCUACUUCUCCUUCAAUAUUCCAACAACAGCAACAGCAACAUCCUCCAGGUAGUUUACCAAAUCCUUACGGACCACCACCACGAUCUGCGUCUCCUUCAACCAGUGUCUAUUCGUCUUAUUCUUACUACCCUUAUGACGGCGCCCUUCCAACGCCUACGGGAAGCACAACGCACCUGGGUCCUCGAUCUCCAACCACCCCGGGACCUUCUAAUCCCUCUCACCCAUCCUCCCGACCACAUUCUCCGCGCUCACCUGCAUCUCCAACUGCACCUCCCGAGCCCAUCACCCCAUUUGAUUACCUUCAACUAGGCAUUCAAUCCCAUCUAGCCAACGACCUAACCAAAUCAGCGCAAUACUUCGAAAAGUCAGCAACUUUAGAGGGUGGUUGUGGUGUUGGGAUGCUCAUGUGGGGUUUGACCUUGAGACAUGGUUGGGGAGUUGAGAAGAGCGAGGCGAAGGGCUUCAAGUGGCUAAAGAAAGCCGCUGAGAUCGCGGUGGUGGAUUUGGAGAGCGCGAGAGGUGGUAUGGAUGCUGGUGUAGUUCAGAACGAGCUCGUGUUGGCGAUUUAUGAGGUUGGACAGAGUUUCUUUAGGGGAUGGGGUGUGGAGAAGGAUAAGAAAAUGGGUGUGAGUUAUUUCCGAGUUGCGGCGAGGCUUGGUGACCCCGAUGCGCAGCAGGAGCUGGCGUUCUGUCUCGCUAAUGGCAAAGGGUGCAAGAAGGAUCGCAAGGAAGCAGCGAAAUGGUACCGAGCGGCGGUAAGUAUUUUCUUUUGUUACUCUGAAGUGUUGUCAUGGUGGUUAUACGUGUGCAACCUAGGUCGCCCAAGGCGUAAGUGACAUCGGUCUAGCUUGGAUUUACAAGGAGAAGUUCCAAGACUGAGGCGCAUGGUUCUUCCCGCCGACCCGUUCUCUGUUCUGAUCGCCAUUGCCGAUACUGACACUCUCACUGCUGGACCUUCAUAAACGCACAUUAUCUUUAUUCUCUUUUGGCUCUUGAGGUAUCUAAAUCAUGUAUUAUACUGGUAUACCCUACGCAUAAUGCGGACGUGAUAGACAAAUAACUAGUAGCAGGACAAAGCAAAGCG